CAACACUCAAAAUCGAUAACACUUAUAUCGUUUCACACACGAACUAGCUCCAUGUAUCGAUAUUUAUCGAUAUUUUAUACUAACGGAUUAGCUUUUACUAUGUUGUUCAACUUUCUAUAAAAUGGAUUUGCCAGUGAAUUCAGCUGCCUCUACGGCUUCGACACCAAAUCCCAAGCAAAGCCAUAUACACAAGCAGCUGGUACAUUAUGCCACGAAAUCUAGUCGGAUUUUCUACAUCCAUGACGCCUCCGCCUGGCACGACUUUGUCACCGAUCUUCCGCCUUAUAGAGAUCUCACCUCUCACGAGUUACGCAAUAUAUUUCUAACAGAUGUGCUGCCAAAGGUGUUUCUCUACCCCAUGCCCGAUCCAAUUAAAAAGCUGUUAAGCAUAUUGGAUCUACAUCCGUGCUUUCGUCGUGUGUCCCAGGGGUAUCAGUAUGUGCCCGGAAGCCAUGGACCAAUUAAUGUGCAAUUAACACUCAAGCCAAAUAGAGACUAUUGUCUUCUAAGCGAAGUUUCCUCAGCAAGACCAUGUCAAACGAUCCUUGUGGACACCGAUGGAAAGAAUCCCAGUGGCGCUUCUAAUGUUCAACUGAGCCCAAAGACUCUGGCAAUGCUUUCGUCCAUAUUAUCAACCGAUUCGGAGUUACUUAUGUGCCAAAUGCAUAGUCUUGGCGAGAUACACCAGCGUUUGCGUAAGGCCAAGCAAUCAUUUGAGAAUAAUGGCACUAUGGCACCUUAUCGCAGCAAUAUAAACGAUUUAACUAGGCGUUUGGAAAUAUUUGUCACGGUGAAAAAAAAGGUUUGCCAAACCAUGUCAGAUUUUUAAAGUUAUAUUUUAAGCCCAAACAGUUAACAAGUACGAACUUGACAUUACUCAAAGCAUCGUAGUUAAU